GGGAGGAGCAAAGCUUGAUGAUCCGGAUCCAAAGCUGGGAUCCCAGAGCACUGCUGAGUCUCCAACAAGGACGAGCGGACCUGGUCAUCCCGGCCCGGGCCGGAGGCACAGGUACUACGCCCGCGCGGGACCAGACGGGGCGACCCGAGGCCAGUGUUUGAGAUUUAGGACCGGAGCCUUAGUUCUGAGGGUCCCAUGGGGACUGAACCUGUCACCUGUUUGAUCGUGGCUUUCCUAAGAGAUUACACCUAGCACCAUUGCUCUUCAGCCUGGUGAUGAUGCCAGCCUGAACCUGGGUCCCAGACAUGGAGUUCCUGCCAGACCCUCAGGACCCCCUAGGGCUCCCAGCCAUGGAACUGGAGGAGCCCAAAGACCCCAAGGUGCCCCCUGAGGACCACCCCUCCAGUACCCAGUGGGCCUCGGGACCCGGAGGACCUGUCACCAUGAGUGAGAUGGAGCUGGAUGCAUCUGGUGUGCAGGUGUUGGCCCAGCAGCUGGAAGCUCUGCCUGGUGACUUGGGUGGCCCGUUCCCAGAGGGAGAGCCAUGUCCCCUGCACAUUGCCACCGGCCGAGGCCUGGCCACCCAGGACAGCACAGACACUGGUGGGCUCUUGUCAGCCGACGCGGGCGGGGAUGACCUUCUGGGUCUGCUGAGGUGUGAGACAUCUUUGCCUGCCCAACCGGGACCCCCAGAUCCUCCACAGACCACACCCCGUUUGCUGAAGCCGCCCGAAGAGCCAGAGGGGGACCCAGGAUCCCCAGGGUGGAUGGAGGGGGUGUCGGCAGAGCCAGCAGACAGCAGGAGUUCUAGCAGCUCCCCAGAGCCCUGGCUGGAGACAGCGCCCCUGGUGACACAGCAGGAGCCACCUGUGGGUGCCCAGAGCCCCGAGACCCUGGCCUCAUGCCCUGCUGUCUCAGAGGGAGUUCUGGGAGCGGCAGGUACACAGCUGGCUAGCGUACACUGGGACUGGAGCCCUGUGGAUCCUUCUAGAACAGUUCCAGGUCCCUGUGGACAUGAGGAGCUCGUGGACGGUGUCAUCUUCUCUGCCAAAUAUCUGGGCUCCACCCAGCUGCUGUCGGAGCGCAGCCCGCCGCCCAGCACACGCAUGGCGCAGGCACAGGAGGCUGUGGACCGCGUCAAGGCCCCCGAAGGUGAGACCCAACCAAUGGCAGAGGUGGACAUCUUUAUCUCCACCAAGAGGGUCAAGGUGCUGGCUGCUGACUCACAGGACGCCCUGAUGGACCACGCCCUGCAGACCAUCUCCUACAUUGCGGACAUCGGGCCUGUGCUGGUCGUGAUGGCCCGGAGACGGAUGGCCAGGAGGACCACUCCCCAGGACCGCAGUCGGCGUCUCUACAAGAUGCUGUGCCAUGUCUUCCAUUCAGAGGAUGCCCAGCUUAUCGCCCAGGCCAUCGGCCAGGCCUUCAGCAUCGCCUACAGCCAGUUCCUGCAGGAGAAUGGGAUCGACCCCAGCCAAGUGGGUACGCGGCCCUCGGAUGCUGCCAGCCACCCGCACAAUGGCGACCUGGACCACUUCUGCAACAGCCAGAACUGCAGGGAGGUCUGUAUCCAGAAGAAGCCUGGAGAGGCCCUGGGCGUUGCCCUGGUUGAGUCCGGCUGGGGCUCACUGUUGCCCACUGCUGUCAUCGCCAACCUGCUUCACGGGGGCCCCGCCGAGCGCUCCGGGGCCCUCAGCAUCGGGGACCGUGUCACCGCCAUCAACGGGGCCAGCCUGGUGGGGCUGUCCCUGGCCGCCUGCCAGGCCGCCGUGCGUGAGGUGCGGCGACACUCGUCAGUGACACUGAGCAUCAUCCACUGCCCUCCAGUCACCACGGCCGUCAUCCGGCGGCCCCAUGUGCGCGAGCAGCUGGGCUUCUGCGUGGAGGAUGGCAUCAUCUGCAGUCUGCUGCGUGGAGGUGCGGCCGAGCGCGGGGGUGUCCGUGUGGGACACCGCAUCAUCGAGGUCAACGGGCAGAGCGUGGUGGCCAUGCCCCAUGCGCGUAUCAUCCAGCUGCUCACCGAGGCGCGGGAGAUUCACAUCAAGACGAUGCCAGCUGCCACCUACCGGCUGCUCACGGGGCAGGAACAGCCGGUGUACCUGUGACCGCCCCGCCCACGCGUGCCUUCGUCCCGGCCACCACCUCUCUCGGCCCACGGGAACCCCAGAAUCCUCAGCCUUAUAUGACUUUCUAAUGUUAAAGAAAAUUAAAGGUUUAUUAAAUGGUCA